AUGUCCCAAGCGGCCCUCGACGGGAUGAUGGGCGCCCCGGAACACCAAAUCCGCGCCAUCCUGCUGGCCCUCUGCGACGAUACGGCGGUGCGCCAGCGCGCGCUGAAGCACUACGCCGCGUUGCAGUCGUUCAACAGCGAGGCUACAGGGCUCAAACGCAAGGCUGCAGGGGACCUAUGCAUCUGCGUGCAGUGCGAUUCCCCGUUUUACAAGGAGGAUAACGUGCAAAGGGCCUGUCGAUACCAUCCCGGGAAUCUCGAACACGACGUCGACUCAGACACCUGGAUUGACUGGGACGAAAAGACAUUCGGGCUUGAGGAUACGCCAGAGAAUCGAGAAGAGUACCCCGAAGGGUUCAUGUGGACGUGCUGCGAUAAGGCCGGUGAUGCUUCGGGUUGCACCAAGGGCAAUCAUGAAGCUCACCCUGACCGGUCUAAGAAGGCUACGGGCGAUCGUGCCGGCUCAGGGAGUGGCAAUGCAGACUAUAUCACGAUUGAUGAUGAAGAUGAUGGCGACGAUGAGGAAUGA